AUGGUUUAUCAAACAGAAGCAGCCAAAUGGAAGGCUUACCAAUUUAGUGACCCCUUUGCCGCGGGUUCCUUCUUCGUUUGCAACAAACUCAAUCGGUUUUUUUGUCGUCCAGAUUGUGACGCUAGACCUAGAACAAACUUGAAGUCAGAAAUCAAAUUCACCACCAGUGCCAAAGAAGCAGUACAAUAUGGUUUCAUACCCUGUGAGUCUUGCGACCCCAUGCACAGCACUGCCAUUGACAUUGGUUUACUCAUCAAGUGUGUCUCCUCAGUCAAUACAAGAAUUGGAUUCAUGCCACCACUUUUGGAUGAAAAUGAAGAUGUAAAUUCAAAAAAGAUUAAGGAAAACAUUUUGGAGUCAAAGAGGGCCAAUGAAGUACAGAUUUUAAACGCUGUUGGUGGUGUUUCCGAAGGCAAUGGUGGACGUCGCGCCUCAAUGUCUGCUGCUACUCUACACAAUGGAAAGGGGUUGAAGGAUGCUGACAAUGCAAAUCUUUCCAAGAACGAUUCUGAUCAUUAUAGGCUAGUGGACUUGGCAUGUCGUCAUUUGGCUCUUGCUGCUGCUGUUAACGUAUUCCAACCAAAACCACUUGCUCACACACCAGAAGAAAGCAACUCGCCUUUGGAAACAGGUGCUAGCGGCAACAGCUCAAGAAAGAGAAGAAGAAGGGGUGGUGUUCUCGGCUUCAAAGAAUUGGCAGCAAAAUCCAAGUUGAGCGCAUGGCACUUUCACAGAGUUUUCAAGUCAGUCACUGGGUUGACUCCAAAGACUUAUGGUGACAAGUGCUGGGAAUUUGUCAAGAAGGUUAAGGAGAGUGGCGAAUACACCUCUUUUGAAGCUUAUCACUCACCUCAAUCUCAAUCUCCAAAGUCUACUACACCAAACUCGCCAAUGUCGAUGGCCACCGAAGCCAAGGCGCCAGCAAGUAAGAAACCAAAGUUGGAGAGGCAAAAACAACAACAACAGCAGCAGCAACAACAGCAACAACAGCAUAUACUUUCCUCAUCGUCACCAUCAUUGUUUACAACACAAUCAAUUACUGAUGAAUCGAGACUUGCAGCUGCUCAACAGUCGAUUACUCCACCACACUCUGCUGCUUCGAUAACUGGUCAAUUUCCAAUACUGUCGUCACAACAAUUGCAACCAUUGACUCCACCAAAUCAGUACACGUCUCCAACCAUAAGUCAAAUGAAUACGGUACAAUCAGUAGUACCCGAUGCUUUUUACCCGGGCCAUCACCACCAACCAUCACUUGAUGAGCAAUUGCAAGCAUUGCCAAACUUGGACUUUGAUUUGUAUGAUGGAGAGGAUAUACUACAGGGACAGGGACAGGGACAAGAGGAGGAACAAGCUGCACUUCACACAAAGGCAUUUUCAUUCCCUGACUUGUCAAAGUUCCGCACAGUCUCGUUGUUUCAAAACCAGCCAAAUUACCAGUCAGGUAAUCCAUCAUUGUUUCAGAAUAAUACAACUAACACCGCCAAUACCGCCAGCAACAGCAACAACAACAACAGCAACAACAACAACGGCAUAAACACAAACACAAACGUGAAUAAUAACACACUAAAUUUGGGUUUUGAAGACGUUGUACCAAUGGGUUCGGUGGAUCUCGUUGAUACUGUGGGAACACAAGUUGAUUUCAGUGACUUUAUCAAUUCUACAAACAAGAGCAACACCACCAACAAUGGCAAUUUUGUCAACCAACUACAGCCAGCAUUGGGAGUAUCCUCAUCCUUAUCACCCUCUUCAGCAUCCACAUCCUCUCCAUCAAAUGCUCCCAGCCAUGGUCUUGACUCGGUAACGGUGCCACAAGAUGAAGAAUUUGAAUUUGCUGAUGCGUUCACUCAAGAUUUAUUCAAUCCACAAGCUCCAUCAGUUAUUGAUUCUACAUUUUCACCAUUUGACACUACAGGUGGUGGUGGUGGAAGUGGUGGUGGCGCUUUGGGAUCUGGAGUUGCGUUUAAUGAUGAGUUGGAUUUCACAAUGAAUCCUCAUUUGGUUUCAACUAUAAUAGAAUAA